UAAAAAAAGAGGACACUGCGGGGUGUGCGGCGGCCCAAGCGGUUUCAAACGGCUUAGAGAAGGCCCUUCGGUUCUCACCCGGCGGAGGAGUUACUCUUAAUUCUAAGAAAAACAACUGGAAGAACAAUGGGAGAUGACAGUGAAUGGUUAAAACUGCCAGUUGAUCAGAAAUGUGAACAUAAGCUGUGGAAAGCAAGGUUAAGUGGGUAUGAAGAGGCCCUGAAGAUCUUCCAGAAAAUAAAAGAUGAAAAGAGCCCGGAAUGGUCUAAAUUUUUAGGAUUGAUCAAAAAAUUUGUCACUGAUUCCAAUGCAGUGGUUCAGUUGAAAGGAUUAGAAGCUGCACUUGUUUAUGUUGAAAAUGCCCAUGUAGCAGGAAAAACCACAGGCGAAGUUGUGUCGGGUGUUGUAAGUAAAGUGUUCAACCAGCCUAAAGCCAAAGCCAAGGAGCUAGGCAUAGAGAUUUGUCUCAUGUACAUAGAGAUUGAGAAAGGAGAGGCUGUGCAAGAAGAGCUCUUGAAAGGCCUGGACAAUAAGAACCCCAAGAUUGUAGUAGCCUGUAUAGAGACACUAAGGAAAGCCUUAAGGUGCCUUUUUAGUAAAGUGGAAGCAAAUGCUUUGAAAGAACUAGAAGAAGAAUGGGUAAAACUGCCAACAGGAGCCACUAAACCUAGCCGGUUUCUUCGUUCCCAGCAAGAACUAGAAGCUAAAUUGGAACAGCAACAGUCUGCUGGUGGUGAUGCUGAGGGAGGUGGUGAUGAUGGUGAUGAGGUGCCACAGAUAGAUGCUUAUGAACUUUUGGAAGCAGUAGAAAUUCUUUCCAAACUUCCUAAAGACUUUUAUGACAAAAUUGAGGCAAAAAAAUGGCAAGAGAGAAAAGAGGCCCUGGAGGCUAUAGAAGUACUGGUGAAAAACCCCAAACUGGAAGCUGGUGAUUAUGCAGAUUUAGUAAAAGCAUUAAAAAAGGUUGUUGGAAAGGACACCAAUGUCAUGCUGGUGGCUUUGGCAGCAAAAUGUCUUACUGGCCUGGCUGUUGGGCUAAGAAAGAAAUUUGGACAAUACGCAGGACAUGUUGUGCCAACUAUUUUGGAGAAAUUCAAAGAGAAGAAGCCUCAAGUGGUACAAGCCCUACAAGAGGCAAUUGAUGCAAUCUUCCUUACCACCACACUACAGAACAUCAGCGAAGAUGUUUUAGCAGUAAUGGAUAAUAAAAAUCCAACCAUCAAGCAGCAGACAUCUCUUUUUAUUGCAAGAAGCUUCCGCCAUUGCACUGCUUCUACCCUGCCAAAGAGCUUGCUAAAGCCCUUUUGUGCUGCACUACUUAAGCACAUCAAUGAUUCUGCACCUGAAGUCAGAGAUGCUGCAUUUGAAGCACUGGGUACUGCUUUGAAGGUGGUUGGUGAGAAAGCAGUAAACCCAUUCUUAGCUGAUGUGGACAAACUCAAGCUUGAUAAGAUCAAAGAAUGUUCAGAAAAAGUAGAACUGAUACAUGGUAAGAAAGGUGGACUAGCAGCUGAUAAGAAGGAAUUCAAACCUGUGCCUGGAAGGACUGCUGUUUCAGGAGCUGCAGGAGAUAAGGACAUGAAGGACAUUUCAGCACCCAAACCUGGACCUAUAAAAAAGGCACCUACCACUAAGGCUGGUGGACCACCUAAGAAGGGGAAAGCAACUGCACCAGGAGGUAUGGGAAGUAUUGGAACCAAGAACAAGAAAGCAUUGGAAACCAAAGAAAUAGUGGAGCCUGAGCUCUCAAUAGAAGUAUGUGAAGAAAAAGCUUCAGCUGUCCUUCCCCCUACCUGUAUACAGCUUCUAGAUAGCAGUAACUGGAAGGAAAGGCUGGCCUGUAUGGAAGAAUUCCAAAAGGCUGUUGAACUAAUGGACCGAACUGAAAUGCCAUGCCAGGCAUUAGUGAGAAUGCUGGCCAAGAAACCUGGAUGGAAAGAAACUAAUUUUCAGGUUCACUCUCAUUUAUCUCUUGCUUUUGCUCUGCUUCAGGUUAUGUCAAUGGCGUUCUCACAGAAAAAUCCCAAGAAUCAAUCAGAAACCCUGAAUUGGCUAUCAAAUGCCAUAAAAGAAUUUGGUUUUUCUGGAUUGAAUGUCAAAGCUUUCAUUAGCAACGUGAAGACAGCUCUUGCUGCAACAAAUCCAGCUGUGAGGACUUCUGCCAUCACCUUACUUGGUGUGAUGUAUCUAUAUGUUGGUCCCUCUUUGCGAAUGUUUUUUGAGGAUGAAAAGCCUGCUCUCCUAUCCCAGAUAGAUGCAGAAUUUGAGAAGAUGCAGGGCCAAAGCCCACCUGCUCCAACCAGGGGAAUUUCCAAGCAUAGCACAAGUGGUAUAGAUGAAGGAGAAGAUGGAGAUGAGCCAGAUGAUGGGAGUAAUGAUGUUGUUGAUCUUUUGCCAAGGACAGAGAUCAGUGAUAAAAUCACUUCAGAGUUGGUAUCUAAGAUCGGUGACAAGAAUUGGAAGAUCAGGAAAGAAGGUCUAGAUGAAGUGGCAGGUAUUAUCAAUGAAGCAAAAUUUAUCCAACCGAAUAUAGGUGAACUUCCAACUGCCUUGAAGGGUCGACUCAAUGAUUCAAAUAAAAUCUUGGUACAGCAGACUUUGAACAUCCUCCAGCAGCUGGCAGUAGCCAUGGGCCCAAAUAUAAAGCAACAUGUAAAGAAUUUAGGCAUACCUGUCAUCACAGUCCUUGGAGACAGCAAGAACAAUGUUCGAGCUGCUGCCCUAGCAACUGUAAAUGCUUGGGCAGAACAGACUGGCAUGAAGGAAUGGCUGGAGGGAGAAGAUCUUUCUGAAGAGCUCAAAAAGGAAAAUCCUUUCUUGAGGCAAGAGCUUCUGGGCUGGCUGGCUGAGAAACUACCCACUCUUCGUUCCACCCCUACAGACCUUAUCCUUUGUGUUCCUCAUCUCUACUCCUGCCUAGAAGAUCGAAAUGGCGAUGUACGCAAGAAAGCCCAAGAUGCUUUGCCAUUCUUCAUGAUGCACUUAGGAUAUGAAAAAAUGGCCAAGGCUACUGGGAAACUGAAGCCAACUUCUAAAGAUCAGGUAUUGGCCAUGCUAGAGAAAGCCAAAGCUAACAUGCCAGCCAAGCCUGCUGCACCCACUAGAGCAACUUCUAAACCAGUGGGAGGGUCUGCUCCAGCCAAAUUUCAGCCUGCAUCAGCACCUGUUGAAGAUUCUGUUUCCAGCAGUGCAGAACCCAAGCCUGAUGCGAAAAAGGCCAAAGCUACAGGAGUUUCCUCUAAAACAAAGAGUGCGCAAGGGAAGAAGGUGCCAAGCAAAACUAGCUUAAAGGAAGAUGAAGACAAAUCUGGACCUAUUUUCAUUAUUGUUCCAAAUGGGAAGGAGCAAAGGAUGAAAGAUGAAAAAGGAUUGAAGGUGCUGAAGUGGAAUUUUACUACCCCACGGGAUGAAUAUAUUGAGCAACUAAAGACUCAGAUGUCUAGCUGUGUGGCUAAAUGGUUGCAAGAUGAGAUGUUUCACUCAGACUUUCAGCAUCAUAACAAAGCUCUGGCCAUCAUGGUUGAUCACUUGGAGAGUGAAAAAGAAGGUGUCAUUGGCUGCCUGGAUCUUAUCUUAAAGUGGCUUACUCUGCGGUUUUUUGACACCAAUACAAGUGUCCUAAUGAAAGCACUAGAAUAUUUAAAAUUGCUUUUUACCCUGCUAAGUGAAGAAGAGUAUCAUCUUACAGAGAAUGAAGCAUCUUCCUUCAUCCCAUAUCUUAUUCUCAAGGUUGGAGAACCAAAAGAUGUCAUUCGUAAAGAUGUUCGUGCCAUCCUGAACCGGAUGUGCCUUGUCUACCCAGCCAGCAAGAUGUUCCCAUUCAUCAUGGAAGGAACCAAAUCCAAAAACUCUAAGCAGAGAGCAGAGUGCCUGGAAGAGCUUGGAUGUCUGGUCGAGUCUUAUGGCAUGAAUGUUUGCCAACCAACCCCAGGAAAAGCCUUAAAGGAAAUAGCUAUUCACAUAGGAGACCGUGACAACGCUGUACGCAAUGCUGCGCUCAACACCAUUGUGACGGUGUACAAUGUGCAUGGGGAUCAGGUGUUCAAACUGAUUGGAAAUCUUUCUGAAAAGGAUAUGAGCAUGCUUGAGGAGAGGAUUAAGCGGUCAGCAAAGAGGCCUUCUGCUGCACCAAUAAAACAGGUGGAAGAGAAACCUCAGCGCACACAGAAUAUAAGCUCCAAUGCCAACAUGUUACGCAAGGGAUUGCCUGAGGACAUGUCUUCCAAACUCAACCAAGCCCGAAGCAUGAGUGGGCAUCCUGAGGCAGCCCAGAUGGUCCGCCGAGAAUUCCAGCUGGAUCUAGAUGAGAUUGAGAAUGACAGUGGCACAGUCCGGUGUGAAAUGCCAGAACUUGUCCAACACAAACUAGAUGACAUUUUUGAACCAGUCCUUAUUCCAGAACCCAAGAUCCGGGCUGUCUCUCCACACUUCGAUGACAUGCACAGUAAUACAGCAUCCACAAUCAAUUUCAUUAUCUCCCAAGUAGCCAGUGGUGACAUCAACACGAGUAUCCAAGCUCUGACCCAGAUCGAUGAAGUCCUGAGACAAGAAGAUAAAGCUGAAGCCAUGUCUGGCCAUAUUGAUCAGUUUCUAAUAGCCACGUUUAUGCAGCUAAGACUCAUCUACAACACACACAUGGCAGAUGAGAAAUUGGAGAAAGAUGAGAUCAUCAAGUUGUAUAGCUGUAUAAUUGGCAACAUGAUUUCGCUAUUUCAGAUAGAGAGCCUGGCCCGAGAGGCAUCCACUGGAGUACUGAAAGACCUAAUGCACGGCCUCAUCACCUUAAUGCUGGAUUCUCGGAUUGAAGAUCUAGAGGAAGGACAGCAAGUAAUUCGCUCUGUGAACCUCUUGGUGGUAAAGGUUCUGGAGAAGUCAGACCAGACCAACAUCCUAAGCGCCCUACUUGUUUUGCUUCAGGACAGCCUGCUAGCAACAGCCAGUUCUCCCAAAUUCUCAGAGCUUGUUAUGAAGUGUCUCUGGAGAAUGGUUCGAUUAUUGCCUGAUACUAUCAAUAGCAUUAACCUGGAUAGAAUUCUGCUGGAUAUUCACAUUUUUAUGAAGGUCUUUCCCAAAGAAAAACUGAAACAAUGCAAAAGUGAAUUUCCCAUAAGGACCUUAAAAACACUGCUGCAUACCUUGUGCAAAUUAAAAGGGCCCAAGAUCCUAGACCACCUAACGAUGAUUGACAACAAGAAUGAGUCAGAGCUGGAGGCCCAUCUCUGCCGGAUGAUGAAGCACAGCAUGGACCAGACUGGGAGCAAGUCUGAGAAGGAAACAGAAAAAGGAGCAUCUCGACUAGAUGAAAAGUCAUCAAAGGCUAAAGUGAAUGAUUUCUUAGCUGAGAUUUUUAAGAAGAUUGGCUCUAAAGAGAACACUAAAGAGGGCCUAGCAGAGUUAUAUGAAUAUAAGAAGAAAUAUUCAGAUGCUGAUAUUGAACCAUUUCUGAAAAAUUCCUCACAAUUCUUCCAGAGCUAUGUUGAGAGGGGUCUUCGGGUGAUUGAGAUGGAGAGGGAGGGCAAAGGCCGUAUUCCCACUUCAACAGGCAUCUCCCCUCAGAUGGAAGUCACGUGUGUACCCACUCCCACAAGCACAGUGUCCUCCAUAGGUAACACAAAUGGAGAAGAGGUGGGACCUUCUGUCUACCUAGAAAGGUUAAAGAUCCUCCGGCAGCGAUGUGGUCUAGAUAAUGCAAAGCAGGAUGACCGACCUCCACUGACCUCAUUGCUCUCCAAACCAGCAGUUCCUACUGUCGCCUCCUCCACAGACAUGCUGCACAGCAAACUCUCUCAGCUCCGAGAGUCACGGGAGCAGCACCAGCAUUCAGACCUGGAUUCUAACCAGACUCACUCUUCAGGAACCAUGACCACAUCUUCCUCCUCCACAGCUAACAUUGAUGACUUGAAAAAAAGACUAGAGAGAAUAAAGAGCAGUCGCAAAUGAAGCUGCCCUGUUCCCCUGGCACCCUGCAGCUUUAGUUUACUAAACUAGAAGUCCUCAUAGUUUAAAGUGGCCUCGGCAGGCCUAGUGUACACAAACUGGUUGUAUGUAUCAUGCCGUGGAGCUGGGGGAGGAGUCGUGUGGCACAAGCAUUUGCACAUACUCUACUUCUCUCCCUCAGCGUCCCGCCAUUCUAGAAGACUGUCUGUGGGUUAGUUUAGUGUACAGACUUGUAAACAGCUGCCUUCCUCUCAGCUCAGACUAGUUUCCAGAUCCUUUUUUGUUUAUUUGAUUUUUAUUUUCUCAUUUGUAAAAUUGUCCUAAUCUUUCUUAGCUUUUAACUGUUAGAAACUCUUUACUAGUUUUCCUUUCAUUUUGUGAGCUCUUCUCCCUGUCACCCCUGAGGGUCACUGUAUUCUGUAUGAAUGCAUGGCAUGAUACAACUAAUUUAAGAGUCUUUUAUAAAUAAAGUUUGCAUUAACUAUACCUG